GGAGAUGCUACCGGACUCCCUGCCCGCUGUCUCCUGGAAUCCCCGCUGAAUGUUUGAACGUCACCAUGCUGCUUAAAGCCAGGGUCCUGGUCCUGGUCCUGGUCCUGGUUCUGUGUUCCGGACUGACGGCUGCUGGGUCCCUGAGAGGCAGAGAGAGGCGCUGGGCUGAGCCGGAGGAGACGCUGAAGCCUGGGAGAGCCCUCCAUGAAACGCCCGACGCCCUGCUUCUGGUUGGGAAGACAGGCUUGGAGGCUGGCCUGGUGAACGGUCCUGUGUCAAGGAAAACAGCAGAUGGCACCAAAAGCCGAAAGCUGAAAACCAGCCAUCUACUUCGCGUCGAUGAACAUGACUUCACCAUGAGGCCAGCAUUCGCAGGUCCUGCUGUCCCUGUCGGAGUGGAUGUUCAGGUGGAGAGUUUGGACAGCAUAUCUGAGGUUGACAUGGACUUCACUAUGACUCUUUAUCUAAGGCACUACUGGAAGGAUGAAAGGUUGGCUUUUCCAAGCAGCACUAAUAAGAGCAUGACAUUUGACGGGCGCCUGGUGAAAAAGAUCUGGGUCCCAGACGUGUUCUUUGUCCAUUCUAAGAGGUCCUUCAUCCAUGACACCACUACUGACAACAUCAUGCUGAGGGUCUUCCCAGAUGGACACGUUCUUUACAGCCUGAGGGUAACAGUUACUGCUGCAUGCAACAUGGAUUUUAGUCGUUUCCCUCUGGACUCACAGACAUGCACACUGGAGCUGGAGAGCUACGCCUACACAGACGAAGACCUGAUGCUCUACUGGAAAAGUGGGGAUGAGUCUCUGAGCACAGACGACAGGAUCUCUUUAUCCCAGUUUCUCAUUCAGAAGUUUCACACCACCUCCAGACUGGCUUUCUACAGCAGCACAGGCUGGUACAAUCGUCUUUACAUCAACUUCACUUUACGGCGCCACAUCUUUUUUUUCCUGCUGCAGACGUAUUUCCCUGCCACUCUGAUGGUCAUGCUGUCCUGGGUCUCCUUCUGGAUUGACCGCAGGGCUGUGCCUGCCAGAGUCUCUUUAGGUAUAACUACUGUGCUGACCAUGUCUACCAUCAUUACUGGGGUCAACGCCUCCAUGCCAAGGGUCUCUUACAUCAAAGCUGUGGACAUUUACCUCUGGGUCAGCUUUGUCUUUGUAUUCCUGUCUGUGCUGGAAUACGCAGCAGUCAACUACCUGACCACAGUUAGAGAUGGUAAAGACCGGAAGCUACGAGAAAAAAUGCGGGAACAGUCGCACACGCUGCCGUGCACGUGUGGCAUGCCUCACACCAAGACCAUGAUGCUGGAUGGAAUGUACAGCGAGGCGGACGCCAACAGCCUGGCAGGGUAUACCAGAGGCUCUGUGGCAGCUGAGGAUCCAUCCGACAAGCAGGAGCAGAUGGUAGUACAUCUCGCUUUGGACAAUGAGUCCACUGAGACCAAGAAGAAGAGCGUUCGCAGCUUCCGCAUCAUCCAGAACACCCACACCAUCGACACGUACUCCCGCAUGAUCUUCCCUGGAUCCUACAUCCUGUUUAACCUGAUCUACUGGUGUGUCUAUUGCUGAUUCUAGAUAAAUCUCCAAAGACGAUAUCAGGAAAUUGCAAAGUUUGGAAAGCUGUGGCCUGACUGCAGGCGCUGAGGAAGGGAGCAUCUCCUUGUUAAACUGGAGGACAU